GGGCAACGUUGAUGUAAUAAUGAAUGUAGUAAAGCUCCUUUUAUCCGGUCUGUUUUGGACUAGACGCAUUGCUGUAUUUUUGAAAAGUGAAUUAGGAUUAAAAAUCUUUUUUUUUUUAGUUUUGAGCGUUGUAUUAAGCGGGUAAUUUGCACUAUUAAUUCUUAAUAACAUUUAAUAUAAAAUUUGAUAUUGGCUAUUCGCGGGCCGCAUAAAACCACUUCGAGGGCCGCAUGCGGGCCGCUUGCCGCAGGUUGCUCAUGCCUGAUUUACAUGAUUGUUUUAUGAAAGUUUUUCUAUCAGGGUGAAAGUUUUAUUAAAACCAUAUUUGUUUAAAAUUGAAAUAAUAUUUUUCGAAGGAGAGAUCAUUUUGUUCCAGUGUGGCUUCUUGCUCCGCUAUUCCCUAAUAUGUGUAACGUCUUGUUCAUGCUUAACGUUAGCAAAAGGAAUGUGUUUGGGGGGAAAAUUAAAUUUCUUCGUCCUUCAAAAAAACCACUAACGAACAGAGUCGUGCUCAAUUUUCGUGGGUUAUUCAUAGAGUUUUUCGCCCAUCCAUAUUAUUUGAACCGUUGAAAACUGAGAGUGAUAAUUUGUUUUCUCUUUUAUCCUUAUUUGCUUGUAUGGAUCGAAGGCAACUGUCGCAUCCCUUUGGGUCGACACACUUGCAGAAGAAUGUAGCCAAAUUAUGCCCAAAAUGGAAGAUUGCAGCAACAUUCCUCGUGUGAUAGUAUCGUACGUCUCGGUAGACUUUUUUUGUCCUAUCGUUUCUUUAGCAAAAGAAAAGUAAAUUGAAGUAAGUUGCUCUCCAUAACACGUUCGCUGUAUUGAUCGUAAAGUACACGGAAAAGGGAUUGUUGCAAGGUUCUUGUUUUUAUUUUUACACUGUUUAUUUUCGUUACUGUGCAGAGGAAGAAAAAAUAUGAAUACUAAUACAAAACCAACUCCCUUUUACAAGCAAGUUAAUGGUACGAAAAUUUGAUACCUCCGGAAAAUUGUGCCCCACACUUUGGUGGUGUGAAAAAGUCGGUUCUAUAAUGGCAACGAUUGCCAAAAAUAAUAGACCGUCGGGCCUCUGUCCCUUUUUUUUGGUUGGUGUACUACUCUUUGUUCCGGUAAGUGUGCCCUGUGUCACGCUGGUAAAUUACGUUACUCGUUUUUAUGCAUAACGACAUUUGAAAAAUAAAGCAAAACCCGAUGAAAGUUUACAUCCCGAGAGAGAAGGAAGGUUCCUCUUGGAUUGCUACAACAACGAAACAAAAAAAAUGGAAAACGAAGGCACUGUUUUACGCCGACGGUCAAAUGGGUUGCCCCAUUCAGUAAUGGAUUGUAGCUUUUAGUUUUGUUCCCUUUCUGUAGGUCCCUAACGGCGUGCGGUGCGUAUGGGCAAAGUAUGUAAAAACAGGGUUUAAAAUCCAGACCGAAAGAGGCCAGCUUGUAUGUACGUGAGUUUUUGGCUUAAAAUAAGUUAAUAUUUUAUUACAGUUUAAUUUGAAAGCUUGCAUAUGAUCGUUUUGAGUAGAAGUUUGAAAUGUUCAAUUUUCCAAACCACUUAACAGCAGGGUACAGCCGCUUUAUGGAUGCCAUUUUCGAACCGCAGCAAUGGGAAUGUCUUUUCAUAACGAUAUUCUUCUUAAGCAUUUUUUUUUUCUUAGCCAUUCCCUCCUUCUCUCUCCAUCUCUUCUGUUGUGUUCACCUACCCAUCGGUUAAUAACAUGCCGCACAUUCUACAGCAUCGUGCGCUAAUGUAAUAAAGUAGAUAAGAAAGAGAUCACCCCUGGGAAAAUCCCAAAUUGCUUCGACUCGUUUCGACUCGCAAAACGGUUGAGGGCAGACCGUUACCGCACAGUUACCAUGGUCCUAAAAAUGUCUCGAUGGCCAGGUAAGGUAGUGUACCUUGGUAUUCCUCCUACACGCACCCGCAGGCCCUCCUUCUCCGGAGGGCCUAACGCGACCGACCGAAAUUCGCAACACUCGGCAAAACUUUACCAUGUUAUUUGCCACCCUAAAAAUUCAUAUGAAAAAUCACGUUUUCCUAAUCUCGUUUAAUCGUGCUCGCUGAGUUGCGGACUCUCCCGUAUCGUCGGCUGCGUUGAGUGAAUUCAAAAGUAAGAAGAAAAGAAAAUGGCCCUUUAUUUACGGUAUAAAAGAAAAGCCAAAUCGGACGAACCUUAUAAAAAAAAGGAAGAGAAUUUCGAUGGUACUCAAUGGUUCCUAUCGCAAACGGAUAAUCUUCAAAUCGUCCUCCCUCCCCCCCAAACAAUAAAGAGGGGGGUGGUCGGGUGAAUGUGUGGGGUUGAAAAGAACGAAGCUCGGUUGUAUCAACCUUGCCGAAAACGGAACGUGGCAGCAGCGAAACAUCAUAAUCGUAAUCGGUUGAGAUUAAUGAUCCUUUCGAAACCGGAGGCCGAUUUGACAAUGGUGAAAGGUCAGCCACCUUUUUGAUAAAUAUAAUCGCUUUUUUGUGUGUUAUCAAUGCUUUCACAUCGGUUUGGAUUGUUGGCGGAAUGGUAUGAUAAUGUUUUUUUUUCCCCGCUAUAAUAAAUGCAAAUUGUAGGAUUAUUCAAAAUGAUUUAACCUGAUACUAGGAGUUUACUUACCGAGAUUAACCAUUUUUGGAAGUUAUUCUUAAUUCUUAAAUAAGUGUUACAUCACUUAUCAUAGACUUAUGUUUUCCCCGUAACAGAACAGGCUUGAGCUCAGUCUAGAUGAGAGGUGAUGCUCGAACUAUGAUGUGUUAGAGCACAAUGAAGUUGGUAAUUUUCUUAGUAGCACCAAUUUAAGACUGUAGGAUGGCAACAUUGUCAAACGGUAAUAUAUUUUUAUUAAAAGUAUAAUAACUUGUUUCUUCUUUUUUAACUUCUUAUAACUUUUAUAACUUCUUUUAAGUACCUGUUUUUGCAUAUGGAUGGAUGAACAUUAUUUUACAGCAAUCGUUUCAAUCCAAAGCGUUUUAAACGUCGAGUCUGGAUUCGAACCUUGACUGCAAGAUAGCUGCUCAACCGUAUUUGUGGAGUGGUAUUAUGGAUUAGUUUUUAUGUAAACAUGUGCUAAAAAUUACUUCCCAGACUUAUAUAGUAAACUAAAAGAAUAAGCAGUUGGUGGAAUAAAUUAUUUAAAAUUAAAAAAAUUGUACGCUCUGACACACAAACUCACAUCCUCAUAUCUAUUUUCCUUUCCGGCUGUAUGUCGAAAUUAGAAUUUUAAGCAGAAGCCUUGACUUGACGCAUCCCACUGCUUCCGCAAAUAAAUUGCCCACCAUUUAUUCGCCGGUGUUCCACCAUCCGGGGGUGUCCGCAAAGGUGUCGACAGCACCUGUUAAGCGAAAAUGUUCUUGAUUACACUUUCCCUAGUAGAGGGAAGUUUUUUACUUACACUUCACCACCACUUUUGCACGCGUCUAGAGCUCUGUUCUUAGACCCGGAGCCACACAAAAGCACGUGAUAAUAAGGCACUUUUAUGCCGGAUCUCAUACUGCCAUAUCCGUUCUGCUUUCCGCUGCAAUUACUAAUCAGCUUGCUCGGUUUUUGCCUCACACCUCUCUCACUCGAACGGUAAUAACCGUUUUGUCUCUAAUGAGAUGAUACACGUAUGUCGCUUUCGUCAAUUGCUUAAACCCUAACCGCUAACCCCAAGGACGGAACCCGAAAUGUGUUCCACGAGCCUAACGGACACAGGAGCCUAAGCCGCAAGCACACGCAAUCGUGUCUGAUUACCACCGGCGCCACCAUUGGAAGAGACGGGAGAAGCAGGUUCUGUUGUGUUAGCUACCACCACCGUCUCAGAAGAUUAAUCCUGUCAGGUUUUUGCCAUCCUGCUUAUCCGGUGACCUCUCCCGCUGGGUUGCGGGUUUUUGCCGCAACUAGAUCUCCCUACCGUUGUGCUGCGUACCGAAUGAUGAGGGAAGGAAAGAUGAAGAGGAGGUGGAUGUGGAGAAAAACUUGUGGAAAAGUUUUCAAUAUGCGCUAGAACAUAGCGGAAAAAGGUUCGGGUGUGAAUAUGAAUAAUGUUAAAUUUGUUAGCUUUCGCUACGAGCUGGCACUAGCAUACAGGGUGUUUCGGUUUUCAGGGUAGUAUAGGCAACGAGGGAUUGAGAAUGUCGAUCUUGAGUGAAGUGAAUCGGUCUUUUUUCUGGGCGUGUUUUUUUUUGUUUAAUUCUCAACAAACGUUCAAACAGACAUAAAGUUUUCUGUUUUGCAUAAUACCGAAGAGGACGCACGAACGGUUAUGAUCACGCUAUAACUUAAGGAUCUAUUGUUAAUAGGUGAAUCUGUCGAAAAAAAAAAACAAAUAUUGAUGCUUCCAACACUAUUUCCAUUUUGCCUGAUUUUAUUAAAAGAAAACAUUCUUUUUAGUCUUUCGUAAUGUUUUAUUGAUGAUCGGAGCACAAAGAUAUACCUUUCAAUUAACGCACUGUGUGCUUCAUUCAACUUUUUUUAUGGCUCUUCCCCUGACCCAAAAAGUCCAACAAGAUCAUCCGGAAUCCGUUCUACCGUUGAUAGGGGUGCAAAUUUUAUUUAUGAAACAAUUUUGUGGUCGUUGCUGCCCUACGACCUAGCCUUUAUGUGAAGGAACUCCUUUUGUUUUGUGAAGCACAUGCAGUGCCCACCAUAAAAUUGUCCACCAGAAGCAGAACAGGACGUGUUACGACAUGCGAGAGCAACACAAGCGGUCCUACGAUCGGCACAGUGAAAUAGAAAAUUUAUUUUUGGUUACGGGUAAAAGCAUUUAAACACACCUGAUCCUUAGUGUACUUCAUCCACCCUGAACGUUCGGUUAAAAAUACUCGAUCGUUCGAAAGAUCAUCAGCAGAGGGUACACAACACACUACACACUUUCUUCGAUGGCUGUACGGUGCGAACAACAUAACCGUUGUUUGCUACCGAUCGAGGUGCCAACGGAGGAGGUUUCCACUUUAUGUUCUAUUUCACACGCGGCAGGUAGAUGGUAGUGUAAAACAACAUUAGCAUAACACGUUGACCUUACAAGCGGGUGCGAAUGUGUACCCCUCGUGCCUGUACAGAGGUUAGCUACCUGAAAUGCAAACGUGAAGAUCCUUACCGAUUGCUCGAUCGAACACGUUUCACUUCGGAUUGUACCUUUGCAAUGUUUGCGAUCGUAUUGGUACGGUAACGCCCUCUGUUUUUUUUCUGUCCAGCAUUCCAAAAUUACCUCUCGCAGGGAUGCUGUUCUCGUGCUAUACAGCUGUAGGUAGACCAGCUGUGUAGGUUCGAAACGAACGGAUUGGACAGGCUUUGAUGGGUGGUCCUGGUAUAGGUAAGUUUUGCAGUCUUUUUCGAGUAUUUAACUUACGCUCACCGGUGUGUCUAGCAUCAUUCGCUAUCGGAAAGUUCAACAGAGAACAGUCACCGCUUAGAAGUCGCAAAAACUUCACGUGAUCUUCAUCUCCGUUUAUCCUAUCGCAAAGUGCUAUCGUGUGCAGUUCUUCAGCGCACUCAGUGUAUUUCAAUUUCAAGUGCACGAACUUCAAUCAAAUCAACCAGGAUGUGCAGCUUCGCCGAGCAAAGUGCAAACCAACGUGAUAACAUGUGCUGGUGCUUCGAAGAAAUAAGCCUCAUGUUGCUGGUACAACGCAUCCUGAUGUAUCUCUGGUAUCGGUUGCUGCUGAAGAUGUUUCCGCGAUUGAGUGUGUUGCCCAACUGUCACGAAUGUUCACCACGGCGUAGUCUUCCCUGUGGUCAGCUAGCGGACGAGUAUUGGAAGGCGUCCUAUUUCUCACGCACCUUGCAAGAGACACAGAGUCACCUGUAUAAGAGCAACCUUCAGCAACCCUUCCCGACGGCCGGGUUCUGUAAACACAUCCCGACGGAAUCACCAGUCUACGAAGCGAUCGGAGCGCCGUUCGAACAGGACGAUGAGGAGGAUAACUUUAACUUCAACUGCAGCGACAUAAGCCAUGUUUAUCAGAGCACCUUUCUGGACGACUAUGACGAGUGCUUACUGGCGGAAGAUAUCGCUUGGGAUAUGCCAGUGCCGGAGAUCAAACCAAAAACCCAACCUUUGGAGGAGGAAAUUUCGCUUCUGUUAAACGAUUACUACAUCGACGAUGAUUUGAACGAUCAUCUGCAAAUGGCCACAUAUCAGACAGCGAUCGGGGACAGUUUCUUCGGUGAUUCAUGGAUUGAUUAACGUGAUACUGUUACGGACUCGGCAUUUAUCGUGAUAGUUCCUUAAGUUUACCGUUCCAUUUGUACAUACGGCCCUAGACAUAAGAUAGAGAUUUAAUUAGACCAUGAUAGGUUUUAAAUUUAUCAUUUAUGAUCAUUAAUACAUUUUAAAAACUUGUAAUUGAAAGCUCUUUCUGCGUACUUAAG